CCGGCCGGGAGCCCUCGGCGAUGCCCGGGCCGGCCGGAGCCCGCGAGUCGACGGAGCAGGGCGUCGAGAGCCCUGAGUUCUCCGGGGGGUCGGGGGAGGCUCCGACCCUCAAAGGGCUCUACUACCAGCGGGCCCGCAAGGUGUGGCCGGAGGACGAGGGCGGGACGGCGGCCGACCCGCAGCAGGAGAUCCUGGUCAACGUGGGCGGCAUCCGCUACCUGCUGCCUUGGAGCACGCUGGACCAGUUCCCCUUGACGCGACUCAGCAGGCUGAAGUCCUGCAGGUCCCACGAGGAGAUCAUCCAGCUCUGCGACGACUACGACGAAGCCCGCGGCGAGUUCUUCUUCGACCGCAGCCCCGGCGCCUUCGGGACGAUCGUCAGCUUCCUGGCGGCGGGCAAGCUGGUGCUCUUCCGAGAGAUGUGCGCCCUGGCCUUCGGGGAGGAGCUGAGCUACUGGGGCAUCGAGGAGGCCCGGCUGGAGAGGUGCUGCUUCCGAAGGCUCCUGCGGAAAGCGGAGGAGCGGGCCGAGGCCGGGCGGGAAGAGGAGCUGCGGAGGCAGAGGGAGGGCGGCCCGGGCGGGCCCGGGCACCAGACCCGCUGGGACCUCUUUAGGAGCCGCCUGCGGGACGUGGUGGACGAUCCCCGGUCCGGGCCGGCGGGCAAGGUGUUCGCCUGCCUCUCCGUCCUCUUCGUGGCCACCACGGCCGUCAGCCUCUGCGUCAGCACCAUGCCGGACCUGAGAGCCGAAGAAGACAGGGGUGAAUGUUCUCAGAAGUGCUAUUACCUUUUCAUCGUGGAGUCUGUCUGUGUUGCUUGGUUUUCUUUGGAGUUCUGCCUCCGGUUUAUCCAGGCAAGAAGUAAAUGUCAGUUUUUCCGGGGACCCUUGAACAUUAUUGACAUCCUGGCGAUCUCACCUUACUACGUGUCGCUCAUAGUGUCCGAUGAGCCCGGGGCGGGGAAGGAGAAGGCAAGCGCCAAUUCGUACUUGGAGAAAGUGGGAUUGGUGCUACGGAUUUUGCGUGCCUUGCGGAUCUUGUACGUGAUGCGCCUCGCCAGGCACUCGUUAGGCCUGCAGACGCUGGGGCUCACCGUUCGCCGCUGCACCCGAGAAUUCGGUCUGCUCUUACUGUUCCUGUGUGUGGCCGUCACUCUCUUUUCCCCUCUGGUCUACGUGGCCGAGAAUGAAUCUGGAAGGGUCCUAGAAUUUACCAGCAUUCCCGCCUCCUAUUGGUGGGCGAUCAUCUCAAUGACGACCGUGGGGUAUGGGGAUAUGGUACCCAGGAGCGUCCCGGGACAGAUGGUAGCUCUGAGCAGUAUUUUGAGUGGGAUCCUCAUUAUGGCUUUCCCUGCAACGUCGAUCUUCCACACUUUCUCUCAUUCUUACCUGGAGCUGAAAAAGGAACAGGAAAGGCUCCAGGUACGGCUCAACAGGUUAAAUGCCAGCCGUGCUAGUGAAAACGAGAUGCUCGGUGAAAUGGACAACCUGAUUUCAGAAGGCCCCGCCUCACCGGUCAAACAGAUUCCCACAGGAUAACGAUGACCUUCACGUGAGAGACAUGCAACAUUUCCCGGAAAGGACAGAAACCCAGGGUCAUUUGCCACUUGCACUCCAUCGCUGCUGACCGAAACUGAUCGACUAGAUUGUCCAGGCCAGAGAUCAUCCUUCGGUAGAACUCUCGGGUCUUAUAUCCAGGGCUCCGCGCACUAGUGUGGGAACCGUUAGGGGGGCACUCGAUAAGGUCCAUUCCUUUGAUUCUUGCCUCUCUAAAUAGCUAAGCUUAAAAUAACGAUGGAGUUUGACUUUAUCCGCCCCAGUCUUUUAGUCGGCGCUUCCAUCAGCUUAUAAGUGGACCCUAUACUAAAUCUCUGAUUUGCCUUGAAUUCCCAAUAUUCUCUGUACUUAAAUACGCGAGCCAAGCAUGGAAUUCCAGGAGGGCUGCUUGUCACUGCUCUUUAGGGAAUUGGACCUACAAGGAAGCCAUUACUGCAGAUAUGCAUUAUAGAUACAUAUGCAUUAUAGCGAUAUAUCCAAAGGCACUAAGAGACCUUAAAUAAAAGCACAUGAAAUCUUUUUAACAACGAGCCUGCAUUUAGGUGAUCGGCGAAUUAAAAAAACACAAAACUGUACUGCUCUUCUAGAAGACUUCCACAGAGGACUAGGUAACUUCAAGCAGCUACUUGAAAACUACCCAUUCAUUUUUCCGUAGACGAUUGUUCAAAAGAGUGUGUCUGGUUUUUCUUAGGCUCCUUCAGGAAAUAUAUAAAUUUAUGAAAGCCACAUAAAAAGAUCUAAUGAUUAUCGUGAUGAAAAUCUGCACAUUGGACUGUAAUGGUUUCUACGUAUUUGGCAAAUUUGAAACACUUCAAUCUACUAAAUGAGAAAUCUUCAGGCCAUUAGUCAUGUAUGUCUUAACUGUUCUGUGUUUUUUCAGCUUGUUAACACCCCAAGAGAAUUUUCUACCCUCAUCCACUUUUGGCCCUGAGAAGUGGACUGACAGCAGCCACACCUCUGCAUUCCCAUUGGGUGUGAUGGGGUCAUCUGCCUCCAGCUAGUCACCACAUUUUCCUUUUAGGUCUGAGUCACAUGACUCUGGGACCGAAUUCAGAAAAAUUGGAGCUGAGAGUGAAUAUGAUCCUCUUGUGCAGCUUUGGCAACAGGGAUUUCUAUUAUAAACCAACUAGGAAGCUCACUGCCUUCUUGAACUGCACUGAAUCAAAGACAUUUCUUUGCAAAUCUGGUUUCACAUGAUCACCGGAGUGAGGAAUCUUGUGAGGCGGAUGACCAGGGUAGAGGUGACCAGAUUUUCUGGAGCUCAAAGCGGGACGAGAGAUGAGGCCAGUGGUUUAAGCGCUGGUGGAGGAAGAGGGGAAGAGAAGUAGAGGCAGAGAGGGGAAGUGGAGACAUAAAGGAUUCAGAAGUGGACACAAACAGUGGCAACAGAUAUACACACAGACCCUCCCAACUUUAUAUACAUUAACACGUGCCUCACAGAUACGUUCACAAAGACACACACAUAUUCACAAAGACGCAUACACAUUCACAAAGACAAAUUCCCUCUUGGUAUACAUACCUCACAGAUGCAUCCAGACACACACUCACAAAGACACGUCUGUCUCCCCCACUAGAAUGUACACUCACUAAAGCAGGGAUCGCAUCUAUUUCACUAUAGCAUACUCUCCCAAGGGCUUAGUACAGUGCUCUGUAAAAAGUAAGUGCACAUUCAAAAUACCAUUGGAUGACUGACACAGGAAUGUACAGACCCUUACGCGCCCACAGAGACCCAAAUAAAGAACCGUGAUUCCAAGAUAGACAUGCCCAGCCCAGAGCUGAGCAGUAAUAGGAGAAACCAAUUAAAAAGAGAGGCUUUUGAGGCCAGGGCCGACUCCUCUGAAUUCCCGUUACGGCUGCCCAGACGGAGCUCUAAGCAACCUUCUCCGGGGCUGGUGGAAAUAGGAACUUCAGAGAGAUAGCAGCAGUAGUUACGCUCGACCACAGCUCCCUGCAGCAUCCUCCGCCCCCCAUGCUGGACUUCCCGGAGUGCUCUGUUGUUACCACCGUCACUCAAAACUAAAAUUUGGACUUUUGCUGGUCCCCUGGUGGAGGGUGGGGACAAGGGAAUGACAGAGUGGUGGUCUAGAGGAGGGUGGGACAGAAAGACUCAUUCGUACAGGGACCAUUUGAUUAUUUAAGAUGGCGGAAGGGUGACAGGAUUGGGACCAUUUGCAUUUAUGCUGCUUUGACUCCAUGAAAGGCAGGAAAGAGCAGUGGAAAAAUCAAAGGGAAAAAUCAUGGAGCAAGAACUUCCCAGUCCCGCUUUAGAAAGGGAGGCGUGUUUUCGGCAUUAAUCUGAGGUCAAUUGAACAUUUGAAAGUUCAGGGACCAAACCAAAAUAUUUGCAAGGAGGGGAGGGAGAGGAAGAGUUGCAAACACUGACCCGAGUGGCUACCCGUAUUCCCGCUGCAGCUGGAGUCCGCGGUUGCUUAGACUGUAAGCUCAUUAUGGGCCGGGAACGGGUCUGCUAAUUCUGUCGUACGCUGUCAAGUGCCGAGUGCAGUGCUCUGCACACAGUAAGCGCUCAGUAAACACCAUUGAUUGAUUGACUGAAUGAUCAGCUACUUUGGCGACCAGGCAACCAUCUAAUUUUUCCCAAAUUUCCAAUCCUGUGGAGCAACCUGUGUGAUUCUAAGUUUCAUUACCUCACUACACCUCAGGCACUUAGGUGCUAAUCCUACUUUAAAGGGGACAUCGAACUGAGCAACAGAUAGUUGCCGCACGCCUUUUCUUAAAAUGGCAUUUGUUAAGCUCUAUGGAUACGCAUACCAGAAGGUUCUAUGGUAGAAGUGGGACAUUCUGGAGAGGGUUGUGUCCACGGAGUCACUGUGGAUCCGAAAUGACUCGAUGGCAUUUGAAGAAGAGGAUUUUGUUAAGCGCUUACUCUGUGUGAGUCACUGUCCUAAG